GCUGUGUGCAGUCGCGCAUUCUCACAGACACAGAGCACAACAGCACAGACGAUAGGGGAGCACGGAGCUGAAAAUCAAACAGAAAAACCCUGAUCGGCUCAGGACGUUCAUCCAUCAGGACGUGCUACAUUUGGGACACGGCCAUGGGUAUGGACCGUACGGUAUUCCUGCUGUUAAUGCUGACGACUCUGUCGCUCGCCAUCGAGGUGCCAUCGGAUGACUCAGUGGGCUUGUUGGCGGAGCCCCAGGUGGCCAUGUUUUGUGGGAAACUCAACAUGCAUAUCAACAUCCAGAGUGGCAAGUGGGAGCCGGAUCCAACUGGCACCAAGAGCUGCAUCGGCACCAAAGAGGGCAUCCUUCAGUACUGCCAAGAGGUAUACCCAGAGCUCCAGAUCACUAACGUAGUGGAGGCCAACCAGCCCGUCAGCAUCCAGAACUGGUGCAACAUGGCUCGUCACCAGUGCCGCAGUCACACACACAUUGUGGUCCCCUACCGCUGCCUGGUCGGGGAGUUUGUCAGCGACGCCCUCCUCGUCCCAGAUAAAUGCAAGUUCCUGCACCAGGAGCGAAUGGACAUGUGCGAGAGUCACCUGCACUGGCACACAGUGGCCAAAGAGUCCUGCGGUGAUCGUUCUAUGAAUCUCCAUGACUACGGCAUGCUGCUGCCGUGUGGCAUCGACCGUUUCCGUGGUGUAGAGUUUGUGUGCUGCCCCAUGGAGGAGCAGAAGGAGUUAGACAGUGAGGAGCAGGAGGAGGCCAACUCAGAUGUGUGGUGGGGCGGCGCUGAGGCCGAGUAUACUGACGGCAGCAUACUGAGAGAACAGGCCCCGACCAAACCUGAGCCUGCUGUGAGAGAGGAUGAUGAGGAAGAGGAAGUCUGGGACAACGAUGAAGAUGGUGACGGUGAAGACGAUGAGGAAGAUGAUGAUGAAGACACAACUGAUGAACAAGACACCAGUGAGCAGACCUCCAACAUUGCAAUGACAACCACCACCACUACCACAACAGAGUCUAUAGAGGAGGUUGUGCGAGCGGUAUGCUGGGCCCCUCCUCGGUCGGGGCCGUGCAAUGACAAGCUAUCCCGCUGGUAUUUUGUGGCACAGAUGGGCCGGUGCGCCCCCUUCAUGUUUGGGGGCUGCGGGGGUAACCGAAAUAACUUUGAAUCUGAGGAGUACUGCAUGGCUGUCUGCAGCAGCAGCGUGUUGCCAACCAUGGCCCCGAGCCCUGCUGAUGCUGUGGAUCGUUACCUGGAAGCUCCAGGAGAUAUGAAUGAGCACACCCGCUUCCAGAAGGCAAAGGAGAGCCUGGAGGCCAAACACAGAGAGAAAAUGUCAGAGGUGAUGAGAGAAUGGGAGGAGGCAGAGAGACAGGUGAAGAAUCUUCCUCGUGCUGAAAAGAAGACCAUAAUUCAGCGGUUCCAGGAGAAGGUGGAGGCGCUGGAGAAGGAAGCAGCUGGGGAGAGACAGCAGCUGGUAGAAACCCACAUGGCACGAGUGGAAGCUCUGCUGAACGACCGUCGCCGUCAGGCUCUGGAAAGCUACCUUAGCGCCCUGCAAUCUGAUCAGCCUAGGCCUCGACAGGUCCUCAAUUUGUUGAAGAAGUACAUACGAGCGGAGCAGAAGGACAGGCAGCACACUCUCAAACACUUUGAGCAUGAGCGAGAGGUGGAUCCCAAGAGGGCGUCUCAGAUUCGGCCCUUUGUGAUGACCCGCCUGCGUGGGAUUGAAGAACGCAUGAACCAAUCCCUGGGGUACCUCUACAAGGUGCCUCAAGUGGCUAAUGAAAUACAGGACCAAGUGGCUUUGCUGAUUCAGCGUGACCAGGCUGAAGUCACCCAACAGUUGUCGUCUCUCCAGAGUAAGAUGAGAGUGAGCUAUGGGAACGACGCCCUGAUGCCCGACCUGCCUGACAGCACCACCCCCCUGGACACCCUGCCACCGGAGCAGGACGGCCUGGGCUUCAUCCACCCCGAAAGCUUCAACCAAGCCAACACUGACAACCAUGUUGAACCCGUAGAUGCCCGUCCAAUUCCAGAUAGGGGUCUGCCCACGAGACCCGAGAUUCCAAAGGUUCGGCUGGACACUGAGGAAAGGCACAACGCUGGUUAUGAUGUUCGUGACAAGAGACUGAUGUUCCUUGCAGAAGACGUGGGCUCUAAUAAGGGGGCAAUCAUUGGGCUGAUGGUGGGUGGAGUUGUCAUCGCUACAGUGAUUGUAAUCACUCUUGUUAUGCUAAGGAAGAAGCAGUACACUUCCAUUCACCAUGGAGUUAUUGAGGUGGAUGCAGCGGUGACCCCUGAGGAACGUCAUCUCACUAAGAUGCAGCAGAACGGCUAUGAGAACCCCACCUACAAGUUCUUCGAGCAGAUGCAGAACUAAAGAACCACUUCAGAUCCCCACACUCCCCAUCACCACCAUCACCCACUGCAUCAGGACAGAGAAUGCAGACUGAUCCCUCAUACACACUGUCACAGUGUCUGUCACCAUGGACACGAGAGUGGCUUCUAUCACCUGACCAUUUCAUCCAAUCAAACGAGUGCUCACUCAGUUUGCACAGAAAAGUGAUGUGUCAUUGCCGCCCAUUCAGCCAUCUGUCAGUACAACGGUCCAUCUGUGUGCUCACAUGCCUGUCCAUCACAGCACUGUGCGGUGAAUGAGCCGUUCUCUUUGCCUGUGCUUUCCUUACCCAUGAUCCUCUAAACCAUCUAGUUUUUUUUCUCUCUCUCUCUCUCCUCUCUCUCUUGACCAUUUUUGUUCCCCUCCAGAACUUCCAAGCACUUACAUCUCCUCCUCUUUUGUUUGCACGUUUCCUUCCUUUUUCCUGGGCUCUCAGAUAAUGUGGUUUGGCUACAACCGCAAACAACCAGAAUGCCGAAAUAAUGUACUCAUUGUUAAACUUUCCAUUCAGGUUUUUUUUUUUUUUUUAGAAAAAAAAAUAUGUAUUAAAAAAAAUCCAUACAUUAAAAAAAAGAAAAAAAACCUUUACAGAGAUAAGAAAUGAAUGUUUUUAUUUUGUCUGUAAUAUGUAUUGAAUUAAGGCAGAAAUUAGCUGUAUCUAUAUAGUGCAUGGCAAUUUUAACAGAGAGACGGUUUCUGGAUCUUUGACCUCUCUCUCAUGUAGAGAUUUUAGCUGGAUUGUACAUUUUAUUGUCUUCUUGUGAUCACAUUUUAAAUAAGUGAAAAAAAAAUCUGCUUGGCUACAUCGUCACAGGGAGAUGCUUUAAUCUAAGUGUGCUUUUUCUUUCUUUUGGACCAUGCCACGCACACUUAAAUGGUUGCAUGGGGCUGGAAAAAGAUGUAUGUAUUGUAUUAUGAUGUGUAAUAUUAGCACACGUUUUGGUUUGUUAACAUUCUACGCACUAUGCAUAUU